AUGGUGGCGGAGGAGAUCGUGGUGACGCUGUCCGGUGGUGCUCCUUGGGGUUUCAGGCUGCAAGGAGGAGCGGAGCAGCAAAAACCUCUACAAGUGGCCAAGGUGCGCCGGCGCAGUAAGGCCUGCAGGGCGGGGCUAAAGGAGCAGGAUGAGCUGGUGUCCAUCGGAGAGCAUCAGUGUUCAGAGCUGAGCCACGCGGAGGCCAUGAAUCUGUUAGACCAACAUGGCAACGCGCUGACGCUCAGGGUCAAGAGGCCUGCUUCUGUGUUCCUCUCCUCUUCGCUCCCAUCCAGAGUCCUGUCUCCCUCCUCAGACGUCCUCCAGAUGAAAGAUCCCUCGGUUCUCCCGGCGGGUAUCACCUCUCCUCCGGACAGCGAGGCGUACUACGGCGAGACGGACAGCGACGCAGACACCCAGAGCCUGAUGCCCCGACGCCACCGCAGGACGCCCCCUCACGCCCGCUCCCCCGCCCGCUACGACAACCACAACGAGGAGGAGACUUCAGAGAUGAGUGGAUAUGAAAGUGCCCCCGACGCCGUGGUAACGCAGCGGCAGUGGGACGUCCCGUACACCGUCGGGGUCCCGAAGCGCGAGCUCAUCUACCAGCCCCUGCAGCCGGACUGGGAAACCCCGACGCACACCCCCCACACCCUCACCCCGCACACCCUCACCCCGCACACCCUCUCCCCCACCCCCGACCUGGGCGAGGGCGACGGGGAGGGGGACAGUGGCUUCCAGGAGGCGGGGGGCCCGGGGGGGAGAGUGGCGAUCGCGUGCCCCCCUCUGGUGUCUCCGGAGCGGGCGAAAGAGGCGCUGAUGCUGGCCUCCGGGUGUCAGCUCGUGCCCAUGGUCGGACCCCAGGAGAGCGCGGUCAAUGACGAGCUGUCGACCACCUACAAGGACAAAGCACGGCAAGCCAAGCUGCAGCGUGGGGAGAGUCAGGUGGAGAAACAAGUGAAAGAAGCUCGCACUAAAUGCCGCUCCAUCGCCUCGCUACUGACGGACGCCCCAAACCCCAACUCUAAGGGGGUGCUUAUGUUCAAGAAGCGCCGACAGAGGGCCAAGAAGUACACACUCACCUGUUUCGGCAAAGCACCUGAAGACAAAGGAUCAGAGACAGAGGGCGAGACCGAAGAAGAAGGAGGAAGUUCGAUUUUGAGUGGAUCUGAAGUUGACGAAGAAGGUUUCUCCGCAUCGUAUGACCCAACUUGGGACAGUGGAUACUUGGAUUUGCUAGAAAGACGAAGCUCUGCCUGUCCGUCAACCACGCCGACAACUCCAACGUCCAAUCAUAACCUCGCGCUGGACUUCUCGACCAAUCAGACGCCACCGUUUGGAUUUUCAGCUUCGGCCAAUCAAAGCCCCAAGUUAGAAGCGGUCUCAGGUCUUGACACAUUGGCUUAUCAGGAUUCAAAGCUGGAGAACGGAAUAGCGAAGCAACCAAUCAACUCGAGUUAUAUUCCGAUGUCUCCGCCAGCCAUGCCGUUAGCCAAUGGCGGAGCGGUGGAGGUUAGCCGUGCCAGCGUCAUUCUAACUCCGCCGUCGCAGAACCCAAUCUCGAGCCAAAAUACACAACAAGAUAAUCCUAGCUAUGAUCUGAACACAACUUUUAGCUCCAGCGCUAGUGGCAAUGUUCUAAAUCGUACCGCUCGCCCGUUUACCCCUGGACCCAGCGCCCAGUCUCGCCCGUCGGUAACCUCUGUAAUGUUUCGUCCUCCUCAACCUAAACCGAUAUCUGCCCCCGCCGCACCCGUCACCGCAGUUUCGAUGAUGACUCUUUCGCCGCCAAGGCCGUCCGAUUCAAAACGAGCGGUAUCGAGCACCUCCUUGUACAUCCCCGCAAGAAACGCCAACGGAAAUUCGUCUGAGAUUUCUUCGGUUCAUUCUCCGCCGUCUUCUCUGUCUUCUGCAACUACGAUCUCCCAGCCGGCUCUGAAUCACGCAACGUUUUCGCCGCAAUCAAUAAAUCCUCCGACUUUUAAUCCUCAAAUUCCACAACAGCUAACGUCUCCGGUGACUUCAAAUUAUCCGAGCAGUGUUCCUCCAAUGCCCCAACCGUUUUCGCCACAAACUGCUAAUUAUCCACCACCUUUCAGUCCUCAAAGUUCUCAACAAUUUGCAUCUCCAGGAACUCCGAACUAUCAAUAUCCAAGCAAUGUUCCUCCGAUUUCUCAACCCUACUCUCCACAAGCUGCUAAUUUUACACCACCUUCAGUGAAUCCUGCGUACAACUCUCCGACUACUCAACACCAAACUGGUCCGGGAACUCCCAAUUCUCAAUACGCAAGCAAUGCUCCUCCUUUACCUCAACCGUACAUACCUGAAGUUCCCCAAAAGCCACUACAGCCUCCUCCACCUACCCCUGUCAACUCAUAUUUCAACACUCAAGUGCCAAUGGCUUCUAGCAAUGUUCAGCCAACUACUCAAGCCCCAAGCAACGAUUCUCUUGCGUCUCGUGAGCAGAGGAUUUCAGUGCCAGCCGCCCGUACGGGUAUCCUUUCCGAAGCUCGAAGACGUAGCCAAAAGAAGCCGAUGUUCAGCGCUCUGCAAAGCAAAGACGUCAACCCGAAUCCGGACUUGCUUUCGAUUAUUCAAAACAUGGAUGAUCGCUACGGCAAAGGUUCAACUAACGAAGCAAACAGCGGAGUUUCUAUGCCUGAAGCGGGGCACGAAUCUGGACCUGAAGAAGACUGGUUGAGAUUGGGCGCUGAAGCGUGUAACUUCAUGCAAGCUCAACGCCAACCGAAGCCACCGCCUGUUGCGCCAAAACCUAAAGGAUCGAUGGUUCCUAACGCGCAAGAACCAUCCCAAACGCCCCAGAUGCCCGUUCUCGGAGGUAAAGGCGGUCAACUCUUCGCCAAACGACAAAACAGAAUGGAUCGCUAUGUUGUGGAAAGAUCUCCGUCCGUUGCGGCAAUGCCAUAUUCACCAGCGCAAACCAGAGAACCGUCACCUACGCCUUCUCUUCCCGCAACCUGGAAAUAUUCGUCAAACAUUCGCGCUCCACCUCCGAUCAAUUACAAUCCGCUUUUGUCGCCGUCUUGCCCGUUGGUCGCGCAAAAGAAGCAAGAACAACCCAAGUCUAGUUCAGCCAAGACCAAGAAACCAAAACCGAAACCUGUUGAUCUCAUGAACCAUCAGCCGUACCAGCUAAACUCCACUUUGUUCAGCUACGGUGGAGGCGCAAACCAAGAUAUUCCCAAUUCACAAAAUGCUACACCUGGAAAAGUCCACAAAACGGCGAAGGUUAUCGAAAUUAAGCGCUUCUCGACUCCGCCUCCGACUACAACAGGUCCAGCUUUGAAAGUUAUCGCCCCGAGAUCGGCUACCACUCUUGGGCAACCGAUGUGGCAGUCUGGCAUAGCAUCUCCACCACUUCAAGCGAACGCGGCAAACACUACGCCUUAUCCAGGUCAAUACCAGCAACCGCAAUGGAACUCUGGCCCUCUAUCCCCUCCACCGCCUGCUCCAAAUGCCCCACUGCCCCAGCUGCCAACAUUUUCCUCUCCGCUGAAGACAAAUCAAGCUCCCGGAUCCGCGCAGGGCAACAGGCAAUUCAAAAGUGUUCCAGAUUUGAGCCCCAUGAGUCCAACCGGGUCUUCCUCGCAAACCAACCCCCAGUUCCAGGUCCCGCGGCCAAGGUUCAGCACCUCAAACCUGGGACUGCAGCCGAGCGUGUGGAGGCCCGGCUCCACUCUGUACUGAAAAAGUUUUUAAUAGUAUUUCUAAUGGGAUUCUCAGCUCUCAUACAUAUUAGAUCUUUUAGAGUGUUCUAGUAUUUACGGGUUUCAGAAUGAUGGGAAAUGUGGGAGUGUUGCCGUAGACUUUAACAAUAAAACAAAUCCCAUGUUUUGAAUGAUGAAAAGUUCUCAAAAUGUUGACUAUGACAUGAAGCUGAAACCCAUAAAUAGAUUGUAAUGUGGGCUUUAAAGCUACCACGUGUAAGUUUAUUUUUCUCUGGUCUUCCAAAGCAAUUAACAAUUUAGAACAAAAUAUCAUCUCUUAUGAAUAGUAAAAAUUCCUCAAAAUGUUUCCUUUGUGACAGGAAGCUGAAACUCAGACACCAUCUCACCAUCCUCAAACCUAAAUCAAAACAAGCAAAGAAAACAAUACGGGUAGCCAGGUCAGGUCCAGAGGUUUGUCCAUUAUGGCCCUUAAUGAUUCUGCUAAUAUGAUUCCACACUCGCAAGUUCAAUAGGCCGAGCUACAAACAGAAAACUGUAAACAAGUAGAUGAAUUUCAGUGUAGUUAGCUGCUCCCUUCAGGCAGAUAUAAAGAAGUGUCCACCAGUGUCUGACCAGAACUGAAGAAGCAGCUUGGAUGAGCUGUUUGUAUUCGACCAAAUAAACUUUUGUCAAGUUGACAAAUUGAAUUUCUCCUUUUGCCAUAAGCAGCAGAAGUUUAUUUACCAUCAAUAAUGCGGGCCUGGGAGGAUUUCAAAAGUCCACAUAGCAUGAAAUUGUAAGAGAAUUUAAGUCAUUUAUCCUCUGCGUACAUCUCUCAGUUUAACACUGACUCACAGGAGCUAUACUAACAUGAUCAUCUUCCCUUGGCAUACCAGUGGCAUACCACUCUGGUAUGUUGCUGACUAACUGGUGCCUACUGGCCUUCAUAGUCUGACCACACUUGCUUUUUUGGAAGCAGAGUCAAGGGAAGACGAUCAUGUUACUAUAACUCCUGUGAGUCAAUGUUAAACUGAUGCACAUACAUGAGAUGUAUGUGGAGGGUAAUCCAUCCAUCCAUUUUCUUCCACUUAUCUGGGACCGGGUCGAGGGAGCAGCAGUCUAAGCAGGGACUCCCAGACUUCCUUCACCCCGGACACUUCCUCUAGCUCCUCUGGGGGGACUCCAAGGCGUUCCCAGGCCAACCCAGAGACAUAGUCCCUCCCGUGUGUCCUGGGUCUUCCCCGGGGCCUCCUUCCAGUGGGACAUGCCCACAACACCUCCCGAGAAAGGCGCCCAGGAGGCAUCCUCAGCUGGUUACUCUUGAUGUGGAGGAGCAGCGGCUCUACUCCGAGCUCCUCCCGUGUGACUGAGCUCCUCACCCAAUCUCUAAGGGAGCACCCAGUCACCCUGCGGAGGGGAGGAUAGAGCGUGAGAUUGACAGGCGGAUCGGUGCAGCGUCGGCAGUGAUGUGGUCGCUGUAUCGGACCGUUGUGGUGAAGAGGGAAAGGCAAAGCUCUCGAUUUAGUUUGCUCAGUCUAUGUUUUUACCCUCACCUAUGGUCAUGAGCUUUGGGCAAUGACCGAAAGCACAAGAUUGUGGAUAGAAGUGGUCGAAAUGAGUUUUAUGGAGGAUAAAUUACUUAAAUUCUCUUACAGCUAGGUAAGGGGAGAAAAGGAUUCACAUCUGUCAUCUACUGGUGAAAAAAACAUCUAAUAAAGUUACAGAUGGUAGCUUUAAUGCCACAAAAGGUUUUAGAACAAUGGUAUUUAUCCUUCUUAAAUGAGGGUUUAGGUGUUCUGAGUUAUUGUUUGUUUAGUUUACCAGAUGUAUUCAAGACUAUAGUUCACUCUUUUAAAAACAUAGAAAUGGUUUUAAUUAGAAAAAAACAAUAUAUAGACUAUGUUGUUUUGAAAAUGCAUCUACACAGUUUGACUCAUCAUCACAUGCAAACCUUGUAGUGUUUUAAUUGAUGUAUUUUAUGUGUCAUUUUUCACAAUUUAAGGGAACAUUGUGUGAAGAGUCGAUCUAAAAUGGAAGUUAAAGGUGCUUGGUGGAACAGUGAGCUGUGAACUUGGGCUUUUUCUUCAACCAAAUUUUAAUUCUGCAAUACUAGUAAUUUAUUCAGAGUAAAAAAAGAUAAUACUUUUGUAGUUCAAGUCAAGUUAUAGU